AGGAUUUCCAAAACCUCUGUAUAAAGAGAUCAGCGAGCAGGAAGGAAGAAAAAAGGCUCGGGAUCGAUUGUGCUCUGCUAGUAUAUAAUCCUCCGACCUGAUCUCUGAUCGUGCACCUUUUUUGUUCUGUGUUGUCUAUUUAGAUAGAAGACAAAGUGGGAUUUUAUCUAGGGGGGCAAAAUGACCGAUACCAAUGUUACAAUGGAUGUAAUGCAAAACAAAACCAAUGAUACAGCGAUGGAAACUCUAAACUUUCACAAGACGGAGCAGUUGAUUUUUCUCUGCCUGUUGUUCCUCUUUAUUCUCGUCUGCAAUCUCAUCGUUUUGAUUUUGAUAUACAUGACGAGAAAGAAAAGAUCCCGGAUGAAUAUAUUCAUUGCCGAUCUAGCCAUAGCAGAUUUAAUGGUUGGCUUUUUCUUCGUGUUGUUGGACAUUAUAGAGAAACUGACCGUAGAAUGGCAUGCUGGAGUAGUCAUGUGUAAAAUUAUUCGCUUCAUACAAGGUGUUGCCACAUAUGGCUCCACGUACGCUCUGGUGGCCCUAAGCAUUGAUCGUCUGGACAGUAUAGCCAGACCACUGAAGUCCAUGAGCAAAGAAAAGAGAGUGAAGGGGUUAAUUAUAUUACAGUGGACCUGUGCCGUUCUGUUUGCUACACCAAUGUUUAAAUUUGACAUUGUGACUAAGGUUUUUCACAAAUCCGAAAAGAGCUUCUGCAUGAUAAAUUUCCCAGAACUUUGGCAUUGGAAGCUCUAUUUAACGUUAGUAGCCAUAGCCGUGUUUAUUAUUCCCGCCAUUCUGAUAACCGUCUGCUACAUAGUCAUCGUGGUGAUUAUCUGGAGGCGUUCUACCGCAAGUGUGGUGAGACGCUACAAUGACGUCACACAGAGAAAUUGUACGACCAAAGCAUGUAAAAGCAAAAAAGAGGUUAAAUUUCAAGAAGCAUCAACAGCAGCUUCCAAAUCUUUAAAUGGUCAAGCAAACCACCAAAUUGGAAACGCCUCGGGAGGGUUAAUACCAAAAGCAAAGAUUAAGUCUAUAAAAAUGACUUUUGUCAUAGUUCUAGCUUUUAUUUUCUGUUGGUUACCCUAUUUCGUGUACGACUUGUACCAACUCUACGGGCCUUUCGAUCAGGAGAGACUUAAAGCUGUCACUACAUUUAUACAAAGUCUGGCACCGUUAAACAGUGCGGCAAAUCCAGUCAUUUUCUUGAUAUUUAAUUACAAAUCGUACAUGAAAAUGUUCAGAAACGGUCUGCGAAAUCAGGCCUAUGCAACGACAGUUUCACAAUUAUAAAGAAUACCAGUAACAAAGUUUAGUAAAACACAAACAUGCAAGCCCUGGGAAUUCUUCUGUCGAGCUCUGGAAAACGCUACAGUCCAAAUAGUAUGUUUAAGCAAUAAUUAUAGAGCUUUAUGUUUGGAAUUAACUUGUGGAAUUCACCAGGGAAGAUGUAUUGAUCCCGGUACAUAUCAAGGAACGAUGGAUAUUCAACAGAGAAUGAACGAAUGAUCGUGCAAAUAAUGCGAAGGAGCUUCAUGAAGACUGUUGCUUAAGCAUGCUUAAUGAUACAUCCACGUCCGACUCUAAAUCUGCUGGACUGAAAGAACCAACAAGGACCAUAUGUACUGAGUAUGGCUACAUAGACUAAUGGGCAGUAAUGACUGUCGGCACAUUUUUUUCUGUGAUAUUGUGAACUGCUUUUUAUAUUUCUAAGUGGAAGAACACUUUACAUUGAAAGCUGAAUUUAUUACACGUUUAUUUUUAAUUCAUACAAUUACAAAAUGUGUGAGAACCUGUAGAUAUCAACAAUUGUUUUCAUAUGAAUGUGUCGCAUGUGCAAUAAGCUGAUAUUGUAUUGUUUUAAUUUCUUUAGCGACAAAAGGCUUCAGUAUUACUUUGUUACUUAAUUUAUCAUAAUUUAUCAUAUACUAGUAGAUACUACUCGCAGAAAUCAAUUAAACUCUCAGAAGUGAC